AUGGAGCAGGGGUCGGAUAAAGCAGGCAACACCAUCCUUCAGCAAGAUGAUAUCGAUGUUGAAGCGGAGAGAAAGCUCAAAUGGAAAAUCGACCUCUUGAUCCUCCCCCUCUUAACAGGUUUCUACUUCUUCCAAAGCAUGGGUGGGGCGGAUGUGGGAUUUGCUAGUAUUGCCGGUCUUAAUAAGGAGCUCCAGCUAAGCCCUCGGCAAUUCUCCAACAUUAUUAAUCUAUUCUAUGUUGGGUACAUCGUUGCUCAGCUACCGGGAACUCUCUUUCUGAGAUUCAUUGGCCCAUCUGGACAGCUCGGAACCGCAUGUGUAUUAUGGGGUGUGUUCACAAUUGUCCAGGUGGUGGUUCAUAGCUACUCAACCCUCGCCGGGCUGAGGUUUGUUAUCGGAGUAUGCGAAGGAUUUGGACAGGGAGCCGUUUUCUACCUCUCAUUCUGGUAUACUUAUCCAGAGCUUGCAACUCGGGGAGGUAUAUUUUGGGGAUCAACAUCGCUUGCUAGUGCUUUUAAUGGCCUUAUUUCGUAUGCCAUCCAGACUGGUUUGAAUGGUAAGAAUGGUUGGCUCUCUUGGAGAUGGAUAUUCUGUAUUGAAGGGAUUAUGCCUAUCGGUUUUGGCUUUCUUCUCUUUAUCCUCUUACCAUCUACCCCGGAGAAAGCGAGAUUCGGUUUUACACAAGCCGACAAGGACUUAGCUGUUAAGAGGAGUUGUCGAGCACAUAACCCUGAGGACGCCGAGAUACGUCCGCAAAAGAUCGUUACAACAUUAUUGAAUCCUGUCUUUUGGCUCUUCGGCGUGAUCUUUAGUGCAUAUCACUACUGCAACGCCCCAAUAACAAAAUUUUAUUCCAAACAUUGUUCAGGUUUAACUCUCUACGUGCAGGACAUGGGAUUUGUUUCGAACGUCAAUGCACAGCUGAUGUCUGCGGUGGUGUUCGUUUCGGCAUUCGUCGGAGUUCUGCUCUUUGCCCGCAUCGCGGAUAAGACCGACCAGAGGGCAAAAACAUUACUUGCAAGUUUGGUGUGCCAACUUGUGGGAUAUAUAAUGCUAGUUUCGUCGUCAAACUCGAACGUCCGCUUUACCGGAGCAUGUAUACUUGCUUUUGGUAACUACCCGGGAGCAGUAUUGAUUGUCACAUGGAUGGCCAUGAAUGUUGUGGGUUACACGAAA